AUGCAAUUGUUCAAGCCCAUCUCCAUUUUAGCUUCAGCUACUCUUGCGAUAGCUACUCAAACUCGUUACCAGUUCUUUGCUAAGUCUGACUAUUACCAAGUUAACGGAAAUGGAUUAACUUUCAUCAACGAAGGUGCUAAUAUUGAAUACUUUUUGGUUCAGAAUGAUACUUCAUCAACUCCUGUUGUUUUAACAUAUGAUGAUGAACAACAACAAGUCUUUUUUUCAACUGGUCCCCAACUGAAACUUAAUCUUACAAAAGAAUGCUACGGUUAUUUCUUAGAAUUGACUAAAGGAACAGCAUUAAAGACUACAAUAGAAGAUGGGGUUGUUUCGUUUGAUGGUAGUGACGGGUUACAUGCAGUCCGAGGUCUCACUUUACCAAAUACAGGUGAUAAUUAUGUAGUUAUUGUGGGGGGUUACGAACAUGGAUUUCCUUUCACCAUUGAAGCAAAGGAGUAUGUGGGAUGA